AUGGCUGAGGAGGCGAAAGCAGUGACGCCGAACGCGGAGUUGCUAGAAUGGCCGAAGAAAGACAAGCGUCGUAUGCUUCAUGCUGUGUAUCGUGUUGGAGAUCUUGAUCGCACCAUUAAGUUUUAUACAGAAGGAUUUGGAAUGAAGCUGUUGAGGCAAAGGGAUAUCCCAGAAGAGAAAUACUCCAAUGCGUUUCUUGGGUUUGGACCUGAAGAGUCUAAUUUCGUGGUGGAGUUGACUUACAAUUAUGGAGUGACUUCAUAUGAUAUUGGAACUGGUUUUGGGCAUUUUGCAAUUGCAACUGAGGAUGUUUACAAGCUGGUGGAGAAACUUCGUGCUGUUGGUGGCAACAUUACUAGGGAGCCUGGUCCAGUCAAAGGUGGAACAUCUGUUAUUGCCUUUGUGAAGGAUCCUGAUGGUUAUAUCUUUGAGCUGAUCCAAAGAGGUCCAACUCCUGAGCCCCUCUGCCAAGUAAUGCUUCGUGUAGGAGAUCUUGGUCGCUCUAUAAAGUUCUAUGAAAAGGCCUUGGGGAUGAAGCUCUUAAGGACAAUUGAUAGACCUGAGCACAAGUACACUUUGGCCAUGAUGGGCUAUGAUGAUGAAUACAAGACAACUGUUAUGGAAUUGACUUACAAUUACGGUGUGACUGAAUACACCAAGGGAAAUGCAUAUGCGCAGGUUGCAAUUGGCACUGAUGAUGUGUACAAAAGUGCUGAGGUUGUCAACUUUGUAACACAAGAGCUUGGUGGAAAGAUAACUCGUCAACCUGGACCAAUUCCUGGACUCAACACCAAAAUCACCUCUUUUCUAGAUCCAGAUGGCUGGAAAACUGUUCUGGUGGACAACGAAGACUUCCUCAAAGAACUGAACAAGAAAGACUAA